AUGGAUAACCACCCUGCUAAUCCUGAAUCAAAUACUGGAUUAAACCUUAAGAAGGAUGUUUCUAAAAGUCAGGACGAUAAACACCAGCAUGUAGAGGCUUCAGUUGGACAUCUUAACUCUGAAUUGGUACAUUUAGACCAAAAUUUAAUGAUGAAAACAUCUAGAUCAGUAGAUUCUAAAAAUGAGAUGAAUAGGAUCGAUAAGAAAAGCCUAACAGAGAAGAAUAUGGAGUCUAAAGAGAUAGUUCCUCUCUCACAAGGAAUUCAAUCAACUUGUCUCUCAAAUCAGAGCAAUCUGAGUGACAAUGAAGGAGAAGAGACAAGCCAAACUGCUAUGAAGAAGGCAGGAUCAACCUCAAUAAACUCAGACACAUUUAGUUAUGACUUGUCUCCAUGGAAAAAGGAUUUCAAAUCUAUCGAGAUUAAACCAAUCAGGAAUUUGCUUCCUGAGUUUGAGAUUUCCUCUCUUAGCAGUCAGUAUAGAAGCAAUGGAGCUACUUUAAGCAAGAAUUGCUCUCCAUGAGUUUGUGGCACGACUGCAUCUUCUCAAUCUAAUUCAUCAGUAAAACCAUCCAACCUCAAAGGACUUCUACGGGAGUUUAAGAAAUACUUUAUCAAAGAUUUCAGAUCUUUUGAAAAAGAGAGAACAUGUCCAAAACCGGUAAAUAACUUACCAUUUUGUAAAGCAUUACAAAACUAUCUCAAAGUGAAGAUGAAGGGGGUGCUAGCCGCCGGCUCGAGCCAUGCUAGCCAGGGUAGAUGUAGCAUGCAUUACUCCUUAGGGCUGUUGAUAAAUCCAAAAUUUGUUCUCUCAUGUACACACUCCGAUAAUUCAUGAACAGCAGGCCAGAAUGAAUGAAAAAUCCUUAUCCAAGACUUGCUAUUAAAAUGAACUAUCAACAGGAUAGGUGAAUAUUUUAAAUGUGAGAAUACUAAGGCUCUGUUUCUCCACUUCUGAGAGAACAAUGUUCAAUGCCUCUCGAAGUACGGAGCAGAAGAUUCUCUUGUAAGAAGUCUCUUCUAAAACAUUGCUAUAA